UGCGUAUGGCCCCUCUCUGAAGUUUUCUUCAACUUUACGUGUAUCUGCGCGCUUUUGCUCGAUGCGACCCGUUUCUAUCCCGUUUCCAACCCGUCCGAACCGGAUACUCUGCGGCCAGAUGAAGUAAGAUGCUGACCCGGAGCAGCGCAGACCUCCUCGGUUCUCCUCGGACUCUUUUCCGUCCGGACUUUGUGGUUCUGCUGGUCCUUCUGGGCUCUCUCGUCCCGGUUCGUGGAGCGGAGGAGGUGAGCCCGGAGCGGUGCCUGGUGUGGGGUCCGGGUCUGAACCCGGACGCGGUGGUUCCGGUCCGGUUCUUCUUCAUCCAGGCUGUCGGUCCAGAAGGACAGAACCUGACUUCAUCUCCAGGUAAAGACACCUUCACAGUGAAGAUCAGUUCUCUGGAUCCCGGCGAGCACGUCCGGAUCCACGUCCCCCCUCCUCUGGACCGGGGAGACGGCUCCUUCCUGAUGAGGUACCGGCUCUACGGCUCGGUCCGGAAGGGCCUGAAGGUGUCCGUCCUGCUGGGAGACGCCGCCGUGGCCCGGUCCCCGUACACCCUGCAAGGUCCGGUUUACCACGAGUACUGCGACUGUCCGGAGCCCGACGCGUCCCGCUGGACCGCCGCCAUGCGGUGCCCCCCCGAGGAGCCCCAGGUCCUGUCCGACUUCCAGUCCUUCCCCUCCAUCAACCUGGAGAACCUGAGGCGGGAGGUUCCUCAGAGGUUCUCCAGCCGGGGCGGACUGAUCCACUACGCCAUCGUCCAGAACCGAGUGUUCCGCCGCACGCUGGGCAGAUACACCGACUUCAAGAUGUUCUCCGACGAGAUGCUGCUGUCCCUGACCAGGAAGGUGCGCGUCCCGGACGUGGAGUUCUUCCUGAACGUGGGCGACUGGCCGCUGGAGACGAGGCUCUCGGGGGCGGCGCCCAUCCUCUCGUGGUGUGGCUCCACGGAGACCCGGGACAUCGUCCUGCCCACGUACGAGGUGACGCACUCCACGCUGGAGACGCUCCGAGGAGUCACCAACGACCUGCUGUCGGUGCAGGGACACACAGGACCGCCGUGGCGGAACAAGACGGAGCGGGCGUUCUUCCGGGGGCGGGACAGCCGGGAGGAGCGGCUGCAGCUGGCGUCCCUGUCCAGGAAGCACCCCGAGCUGCUGGACGCCGCCAUCACCGGCUGGUUCUUCUUCAGGGAGCGCGAGAAGGACGUGGGCCGGGCGCCGCUGGUCGGCUUCUUUGACUUCUUCAAGUUCAAGUACCAGGUGAACGUGGACGGCACGGUGGCGGCGUACCGGUUCCCCUACCUGCUGCUGGGCAGCAGCCUGGUCCUCAAGCAGGACUCGCAGUACUACGAGUUCUUCUACCGGAGCCUGGAGCCCUGGACGCACUUCGUCCCCGUCAAGAGGGAUCUGUCCGACCUGCUGGACAAGAUCCGCUGGGCCAAGGACAACGACGGGCGGGCGGAGGAGGUGUCCCGGGCGGGCCGGGCGGCGGCCCGGGACCUGCUGCAGCCCACCCGGCUCUACUGCUACUACCUGGCGGUCCUGCAGGCCUACGCCCAGCGGCAGCAGGGCCGGCCCUCCGCCCGGGACAUGGACGAGGUCCCACAGCCCCGGGACCACACUGCCCAGUGCCUCUGUGAGCACGGGGGACAGGAGGGACACGGGGGACACGAGGGACAGGGGACAGCCAGGGACGAACUGUGAGGGACGGACUGUGAAGGACUGACUGUGGGGGGACAGACUGAAGGACUGACUGUGGGGGGACAGAGUCUUCCGAAGGAACAUAGCACAGAAAGUGAGUCAAGCUCUGGAGAACAGUGAAGACAUUUUUAAUCCGUCUCAUUAAGUCUCAUCUCAGUUUUGGAAAAAAAAAGUCAAGCUGAUUUUGGACAUAAACUUACUGAGUUCAGAACCGGGUACUCGAUUUAUUCUGGUCUUUAUUUUGUGACGUUUUAAAUCAGUAGAAAAAAACUGUGAUCUGGUGGCUACAGGUUAGCAUUAGCAGUGCUAGCUAGCUGCGCUCAGGCUAGCAUGCUAUCAUUUACUCUCAGACUUAUUUUUUACACCAGGUCUGAGAAAAAACAGCCACUGCUAGCUGCUAGCUACUAGCUACUAGCUGCCUGCCGCUAGCUGCUAGCUGCUAGCUAGCCACACUCGAGGCAGGUUGACAAUAAACUCAAACAUCUGCGUCAUCUCACUGGAUUCAGGACGUUUCUGGAAGAUGUUGAGUCUGAAUCCACACUGCUACAUGCUACAUGCUACAUGCUAACGUCCGGAGCAGUGAGAGGAGUGAAGAGUUACUGACGACCUGAAAUGAUUUCCUGAAGGUUCAUGAACCACAAACGGUUUUAAAUGGUAAACUUCCUGACUUUUUGUGUUACGUUCAAUCCUUCGUUUUUCCUGGAAACAUUCUUCUGAUAUUAAAAAAAAAAAAAAGUCUGUGGUUGAAUUGCAAAGUUUACAGCUGAAGGUGGAGAUGGCCGUUUUUAUUUUGAAGGU